AUGUGUGGUCUGACCUGUCAGCAAAUCUACGCCUAUAUGCCCGAUGGCAGUCGUUUCUGUAAACUAGUACAUCAGUACUAUACCUCACAACAGUUCUGUAAACUAGUACAUCAGUACUAUACCUCACAACAGUUCUGUAAACUAGUACAUCAGUACUAUACCUCACAACAGUGCUGUAAACUAGUACAUCAGUACUAUACCUCACAACAGUGCUGUAAACUAGUACAUCAGUACUAUACCUCACAACAGUGCUGUAAACUAGUACAUCAGUACUAUACCUCACAACAGUGCUGUAAACUAGUACAUCAGUACUAUACCUCACAACAGUGCUGUAAACUAGUACAUCAGUACUAUACCUCACAACAGUUCUGUAAACUAGUACAUCAGUACUAUACCUCACAACAGUGCUGUAAACUAGUACAACAGUACUAUACCUCACAACAGUGCUGUAAACUAGUACAUCAGUACUAUACCUCACAACACUUCUGUAAACUAGUACAUCAGAACUAUACCUCACAACAGUGCUGUAAACUAGUACAUCAGUACUAUACCUCACAACAGUGCUGUAAACUAGUACAUCAGUACUAUACCUCACAACAGUGCUGUAAACUAGUACAUCAGUACUAUACCUCACAACAGUGCUGUAAACUAGUACAUCAGUACUAUACCUCACAACAGUUCUGUAAACUAUGCUGUAAACUAGUACAUCAGUACUAUACCUCACAACAGUGCUGUAAACUAGUACAUCAGUACUAUACCUCACAACAGUGCUGUAAACUAGUACAUCAGUACUAUACCUCACUGUAA